AGACGCAUUAUUUCCUUUUAUUACAAAAGCACCCCAACUUUUCAAUUGACUUUUGGCUUAGCCAAACAGCAAUGCGAAAGGUGAUCUGAUGAUACCAUAACAAGACUGAGAAAUCAACAGAAUGUGGAAGUUCAUCCAAGGUUCAGAUGAAGAGCAGCAAGACAAUUUGCUUGAGGAGACUGAAGGUCUAUGUUCUCUCUCUCCUGUACAGAGUAUUUAUGGGUUCGCCGCUUGUUUGCUCGCGGGGCUUGUUUGUAUGUUCCUGUCACUGAUUGUUUUUGCAAAGCCCAUCAAAUUUGCUUUAUUAUUUACGUUUGGCAACAUGCUGGCGGUUGGAAGCACAGCUUUCCUCAUUGGACCUGGGCAACAGCUAAGAAUGAUGCUUGAUCCUGUCCGAGUCUAUGCUACAGCAAUCUAUGUUGGGUGCGUCGUUCUGGCUCUUGUUUGUGCUCUUUUGAUCCACAGUAAGAUUCUUACCAUUAUUGCGAUCAUAUGCGAAAUCUGUGCCCUAAUUUGGUACAGUUUAAGUUAUAUUCCUUUCGCUCGAAGGAUGGUUUCUGAUCUGACAAUCCGUCUCUUUGACACUGAAAUCUAGAAUGACUUGACGCGUUACCAUUUUCUCAAUCAUUUCCUUUGGAAUUGAAGUGUCGUGGUCUGUUUGCUUUUUGGGCCCUUUUCAACAUGGCAACAUCGCAUUUGGUUCUUUCUCCGGCGUGUAACAUCAGCAGCGUCAAUCCAUAUUUGGAAGAGAAAACUGGUGGAUUAACGCGUUGUGCGUCUCUGUUGAGUUUCACUUUGACCAUAUUGAAUACAAUCAACCUUCUUAAGGCUGUCCCUUUGGCAUUGCUGUUGUGCUCAAUUCAUGAUUUAUGCACAAGAUUCAUCGAUUCCAUAGUUA